AUGGCCCGUUCUGUGGAGGGGAAUGGAAAAGGCCGAGGGAUUGGACACCCCCUCUUGCGACAAUGGAACAUUCCAGAGAGGGCCGGCUAUAGGAAUUACAGCCUACCAGAGGUGGAAGAGUCCAACGGGAGGAGGGGGGGAGGGCAGGACGUUCCACCUCGGGAGGGGGGGAGGAAGAAGAGGAGGAGGCGGAGCAGCGACGGCGCAUGCGCUGUGGCCGCCGGCCCGCCCUAUCGGCUCUCAGGGGCCAGAGAGGAGACAAAAGACCUUGGCUCCCCGCCCCCGCCCCCGGUUAUAACGCGCCCCCCCCCCGCGGGCCGGGCCCCUCCGUCUCCCCGGGACGGUCCAGGGCCGGGCGGGUUUAUGGCGGCCGGCGGCCGCGGCCCCGGCGCCGGGCCCCGCCAUGGAUCCAGCCGCGGCUCGGCCCGGCGAGCGCGCUGAGCGGCUGCAGGCAGCCCCCCGCAUGGCCUGCGGGCGGGACGCGCCGCUGCCCCCGGCCGCCGGGGACCCCCCGGCGCUGGGCCUGCGGGAGCCGCCGCGGAGGAGGCGCUCCCCGGACGGGACGGGCUCCCGGCGGCCCCGCGGGCGGCCGGGCAGCAGCAGCAGCAGCAGGGCCUCGCCGGGGCUGGAGGAGCCGAGCCGCCGGGGGCCUCCGGGGCAGCCGGGCGGACGGAGCCCGCUGGAGCUGGAGGAGCCGGGCAGCAGGGAGCCGUCCCCGGUGUGCCUGGAGCUGGGCGAGCCCGGGGCGGCGGCGCGGUGCCGGCGGGGCGGGGGGCCCCCCGGGCGGGGCCCCGGGGGGCUGUCGGUGAAGAUGGCCUUCCGCCGCGCCUACUCCAUCAAGGACAAGCUGCAGGCCAUCGAGCGGGUGAAGAAGGGCGAGCGGCAGGCCUCGGUGUGCCGGGACUUCGGGGUGCCCGGCGGCACGCUGCGCGGCUGGCUCAAGGACGAGCACAAGCUGCGCUGGUUCCUGGACCAGCUGGGCGGCGAGGUGGGCACCCAGCGCAAGAAGAUGCGCCUGGCCAACGAGGAGGAGAUCGACCGGGCCGUCUACACCUGGUUCCUCACCCUGCGGCAGCACGGCGUGCCGCUCUCGGGGCCCAUCAUCCAAGCCCAGGCCGAGGCCUUCGCCCGCCAGAUCUACGGGCCCGAGUGCACCUUCAAGGCCAGCCAUGGCUGGUUCUGGCGCUGGCAGAAACGGCACGGCAUCUCCAGCCAGCGCAUCUACGGCAAGGCGGAGGGGGGGGAUCCCGCCGCUCCGGGGACCCCGCCGCUCAAGGCUGAGCUGGAGCUUGGGGCCCCCUCUUCCGCCUUCCCGGACCCUUCGCUGCUCCUGCCUCCGCCGCCUCCUCCUCCUCCUCCAGCUGCCAUGGCACCUUCGGACGGGGGAGGCUAUGGGGACGAGCAGAUCUACAACGCCAAUGUAACCGGACUCUACUGGAAACUGCUGCCGGGCCAGGCUGGGGAGCUGCGGGCCCAUUCCCCCCGCCUGCAGCCUCCCCCCCGCCGGAGGCUGGUGGUGAAGGAGUGCGUCACCGUGUUGCUGGCUGCCAACCUGACUGGCUCGCACAAACUGAAACCGCUGGUGGUCGGGGGGCUCCCAGACCCACCCAGUCUCCGGCACCACAACCAGGACAAGUUCCCAGCCUGCUACCGCUACAGUCCCGAGGCCCGGCUCGGACCUGCCCUCCUCCGGGCCUGGUUCUUUGAAGACUUUGUGCCAGGAGUCAAGCGUUAUCUGCGCCGCAGCUGCCUCCAGCAGAAGGCGGUGCUGCUCCUCAGCAGCCCCCCGCCACCCUCCGGUGCUGGCCCAGAGGAGCCACCCCAGCUACAGACCCCGGAUGGCUCCAUCCGAGCCCUCUUCCUCUCCAAGGCUGCAGCGGGGGGCAGCUCGGCUGGAGGGGGAGGCCGUAUCCCAGCCCCACUGGAGCAAGGCGUGGUGUCCGCCUUCAAGCAGCUCUACAAGCGGGAGCUGCUGCGAUUGGCCGUGUCCUGCGUGGCCAGUGGGGGAGGCGGCCCAGCAGGGGGGCCCAGCCCAGCUGGAGGCGGGAGUGGACCCCUGGACUUUGUGCGCUCUUUCCUGCUCAAGGACAUGCUCUACCUGGCUGGCCUCUCCUGGGACCUCAUCCCUGCUGGCUCCAUCGAGAAGUGCUGGCUGCUGGGGCUGCGCGCUGCCUUUGAGCCCCAGCCUGGGGAGGAGGAACAGGGGGAACCGCUGGGUGGGGAUGGAGGCGGUGGGGACAGCAAGGUCUUCAGUGACCUCACCCACCUGGCUGCUCUGGCCUACAAACGCCUGGCACCUGAGGAGGUGGCCGACUGGCUGCACCUGGAUGAUGCGGCGCCAGGCAUGGAGGGGGAGGAUGGGGAAGGGGAUAGUGGGGAUGAAGGACCUGGAGGCUGUGGGGGGGAUGUGGAGGAGGAGGCAGCAGAGGUGGGUGCCGGAGGUGUGGGAGGCAGUGGAGUGGAAGAGGGAGGGGAUCCCCCACUGCCCACGGCCCGGGAAGCCAUCAGGGGCUUGGAGACAGCACUGCGCUGGCUGGAGAGCCAGGAUCCCCGACAGGUGGGACCACUCAAGUUGGUGCAGCUCCGCUCCCUCAUUAGUAUGGCCCAGCGGCUGCACCAAGGGGGUAGCUCAGACUCAUAGAGGGUGCGAGGGGGACUGGAGCUGGUCAGCCACCUACUGGUGCAUCUUUGGAGGGGUAGCCCCACCAAACUCCCAUGGGAUGGAGGGGAACUAACCCCACUCUGCAACGGGACUGACAAUGGGGGACCUAACCCCCCUCACUCAUCGUUGCUAGGGAGUGGGGUCUAAUACCUCGUGGGGCUCAGAUGUCCCUCCCCCUGGAGCUACCCCCCUGUAAUGUCACUGAGGGGUAAGCCUACUUCCUGGGGCUAAUAAGGGGGGCUAACCCCCCCCGCCAAAAUGCCAUCACUUGAGGGCUAGUCCUCACUCAAAACAUCAUUGGGAGGUGCUAUUCCCUACUCAUGGAACGUAGGGGGAUAAUUCCCAGCAACAUCACUGGAGGGCUAAUCCUUACCCCUGACAUCAGCAGAUCCCCCAACCCAUGGGGCAGAGGCAGGGGGACCAAUCUCUGUAUCCAGUGUCGCUGCAAGGAAGGGGCUUAUCCUCAUCCUCCUGGGAUUGAGGGGAAAUUAACCAACAUCCCUGAGAAGGGCUGAGGCGAGGGACUGGACAUCAGUGGGACAGAGAAGGCACGCUGCCCCCUAGCUUGACUGAGAGGAGGGGACUCUCCCUCACACGGGUGGGACUGAUGAAGAUGGCGGAGCUGUGAGAUGGUCCGCAGUAAGAAUCCUGCUGUGAGGGGAAGGGGGCCAUGCAUGUCUAUACACCGCCUAGGGAGGCUCUUCUCCAGUUGUAAAGAGGAAACCAAGUGCCGGGCAAGGAAGGAAGCUAAACGGAUAGCUUGGCUGCUGUCUCACAUGCAGAGUUCUGUGGAAUUGAAUCCAGGUGGCAGCAGCAGCCUCACUGUCCAGACCCGAAUCAUCAAUGGACUGUAGCUGCUACUAGGAUGUAAACUGGCAGCCACGUGCUUCGGUAUCUUUUUGUAAGAACUAAUGUUACACUCUGGAGGGGGCCUGGUCAUUCAUACCUCUCCCAUUUGCUAACUGGUUUUUUGUUAAACUAGGGUGGGUUUAAAACUGGGGUGGGUUUUACAUGCACUGGAUUAGAACUGGUACGCUCUGGGCUGGGGGUACUCUUAAUAAGCGACAGGCCACCCCGAGAGCUGGUGAGCUAAUGUAACCUCCAUGGCUACUUUAUGUGCACAAGGGCUGCCAUAGCCCUUAAACCCUGGAUCCUUCAGACUAUUUAAAAAUUCAAAUACCUUUUUUUGCAAUCUUCUUAUAGCAAAACAGUUAAGCCUGGUGACUAGGAAGAUAACGAAAUUCCCUUCAGCAGUGGGACGUUCUGCAGGCAGAAGAUUCUUGGUUUUGCCUCUGUAGAGGCUGUUAUAGUGAGGCAGCUGGUAACCUGUCCUGCAGCUGGAGUGAGGCAGGAAUUGGAGGGGCCCACAACAUUUAUAUUACAAAAUAGAGGCAUGAGAGUCUAAUCGGAAUUUUUUUUUUUUGGCCUGAUUUAAAACAAAAACGUUUAGUCUGGCUAUUUAGCAAAAAUAAAAAAUAGUUGAACAGUCCUGCAUUGUGGCAGGUGGGGAUGGAUACUUAGCCAUCUUUUCCAUCUCAUAACUUCAGAGUCUAUGAAGAUCUAAUCAAUUUCUGUUCCACUUGUGGGGGCGGGGAGAGGGGGGUUUGGUAAAUCGUCCCCUUAGCAGGAUGUAUAGUGAAGCAAAAUAGAUUUUAAUGUGACUUGUCUUCUUCAAACGAUGUGGCAAUUAAGCUUUUGAUUUAACCCUUGAAAUUGCAUUAACUGUACGUGAUUCUCCCAAAUUUGUUUCAAUAGGCAGUCAUCCGGUUACCUGUAAAAAAACAAACAAACAAAGAACCACUGGCUGCUCUGAAAAAGAAUCUCCUGACUUGUAGUUCAACUCUUGCUUCUGAGCCCAUGAUACUGAGACUGAGUAUCUGAGACUUGUUCACAAAAUAAAAUCUCAUAGCGUGAGACCAAGAAGAGUGAAUACAUUGAUACAGUUGCCUUAUAACCCUGGUUUUCUCCAUUUGGGUAAUCAGCUCUGAAUGGUAUCCUUUAAAACUGGAAUUCCAGCUUCUGCUUUGGAGUAUCUUUAUUAGGGACGGGUAAAGACUGCCUGCUAGCGAAUGAAAGACAGUUAAUUUAGGAAACAAUAGACACAAAAACUAGCACGCAACUGACAGCAGGGUUCAUGUUACAAGGAAACUGUCUUUUCAAAAAUAUAAAGGUAAAUUCCACUACAGUAAUGUUAAAUACUUAGAUUACUGGAGCCAUAUGCACUUUUUAAAAAUAUCUAUCUUUAUUUUUGCUGUUCAAUUUGCACUGUCUUCAGAGCCAGCAUAUGAAAUUGAUCAGACUAUUUUCAGUUUUCUCACUGUCACAUACAAGUGUAUGGCAGUGUUUGAGUUGUGAACACUAUAGGAAAGUUUUAAGUUACAUAAUUACUUCCACUGAUUUACUUAUUUUGAUUAUUUAAAAAUCAUUUCUAUUAUGUUUUGUAAUUUGUUUAACAAAACUUAAAUUUUAGUCCUAAGCUUCCUAUAUCGCUUGAAUAUAGGUCAGCAAUUUGUAUAUUGCUGAAAGAUAUCCUUUAGUCAAACACAAGUCUUUGGCUCAGUACAGAGGUAAUGUGGUGAAAUUAUAUGGCCCCUCUUAUACUGGAGGUCAGACUAGGUGAUCUAGUCCCUUUUGGCCUUGAACGUCUGUGAAUCUCUAUGAAGAUUUAAAAUGUCACUCUUUGAAGGAGAGUUGGAAUUCUGUGAGACAAUGAUUUCUCAUGUGGAGCUGCAUACGUCACUUAGGGAUGGGGGAAGAUCCCACUUAAGCCUUAAAAUUAUAAACUAGCUACAGCUUCUGGUUCCAAAGGACUGGACUGUUAGGAAGAUGGAAGAAGGUGAAGGACUUGAGUCACGCUGUUGACCCUGUGGCAGGCUGGCUAAACUUUGCAGUUACUAAUUUCCUUUAUUUUUGAAAUUAGUGUGGCUAAGAGAAAAGUGACUACACAAACGGCCUUGGUGGGAUCCCUGUUUGUCUUUCAGUGACUCCAGAUAAAAUGGACUCAAUUAUCAAGUAAAAAGAUGUAUUUUAUAAGUACCGGUGCCAUUGACUCCCUCAGGAUCUGAAAGUCAAGCAGGGUCCUUUCUUGCUUUGCAUCAUCACAAGGAAUAAAGAUUCCAGAGCUGGAAUUUAUUUGGCAAGUCUGUUGAUGAUGCGUGUGACAGAGUAGACACCAGCUCUCAUGAGCUGCUUUAUAUGUGUAUGGCUAAGAGGUGUAGGACGUUUAUCGGAAAAGUGAUCUGUUAAAGGAUGAGCCGUUAACUACAAAAAUUAGGAGUAAACACGGCAAAAAAGUAAGUCGUACCUGGUUCAAAAAAUAAUGUAACUGGAACAGAUUUCCUUAAAUCAGUAAGGAUUUAACUUUGUUUUUUAUAAACAUUUUGCUAAAAGCUCAUUUUAAAAGUACCCCCUCCCCUCAGUCUGAUCAGUGUCAUUAAGGGAACCAGGAAAAGAUUAUUAGGAAAAUACAGUGAACACUUGGGACUCAGAUGGACUGUUUCAGGGAAAGGAACUGAUUUCUUUUGUUUCCACAUUGCUAGUGGAAAGGAAAGACCCCACCCUAAAAUUUUUAGUUGGUGUGAGCAAAGUGUAGCUCAGAGCUUGGCAAGAUGGAAUAUUGCAUGCUGGGUCAGGUAGUCUUUGGGUUGAACCUCUUAAAAACAACAGUGGCUGUAAAAUGCUCUUUUUAUGUAACUUAGGUUCAUCCCUCAGCUUUCCAGCAAGCUGCCAGCGUUAGUCCCAGUUGGGCAAAGUUUGGAUAGCACUGGGACAUAUCUGUAUGGAAACUAGGGGUUGCUAAAGCAGCAAGCUGAAAGGUGAAGCAACCAUCAGAGGAGCUGCAAAAUCCACUGGAAGAGAAGAUUUAAGAAGUUAGGAGUAAUCAAUGGUACCAAGGCUUUGAGAGGCUUGGGAUGAUGAAGAUCGAGUAAAAGUGUUGUGAUUUUGGCCUGGAAGAGAGCUCUGUCUCACUGGAGUGUAGAGGGCAGAAGCAAGAUGGAAAGUCAAGGAUCAGAUUGGAAGGUGAUGUCAGAUCUUAUUAAAGAAAUCUGGACGAUCUGAUGUGAGAGGGGCAGGAGGGAGUGAAAAGUAGCAAAAUGAGUUGGGGCUACAGGUGUGAGGGAGGAGAAAUGAAAAAGCUGGCAGAAUUAAAGGAAGAGAGUGAAUUUGUAGUGGAGGAAAUCCGCAUGGUCAUGUGACUUACCCCAGAGAUGAUUAAUACCACCUGAGCAAGAGUGGAGAAAAUGGGUGUAUUGUGGUUGUUUUUUAGCUGCCAGGUGGCUCAGAGGAGACCUGGGAAGGUGCUGUCCCUGCCCCAGAGAUCCCACAAUCUGAAUAUUUGCUGACCUGAAUGAAGGUGACAAACAGGUGAUGAAGUAAGGGAGGUACACGCUAUACCAUCACACCGAUAAGCCAUGUAUGUAUGUUCACAAUUAGGGAGUAUAGAAAAAUUAUUUGGAGCUCAUUUUAGCAUAUUGGUGAAGUCAUGUACUUUCUAGAUAGGCAACAAUCUGGAAACUUUCUACUGUUUUUUAAGAAACAUAAAUAAAUACUGGUAAACGUCA